CCAUUGAUUGGCUGCACUGCAGUGAGUGGCAGCUCUAUAUCCCCGGGCCCGUUAUUUCGCCGGCGGCUGCAGAUGGAGUCGCUCCGAGUUCAGAGGCUGCAGCCCGGGGUGGGACCCGGUGUCUCCUCAGGGAGUCUCCGCUCGUUACGGCCCGGGGUGACCGGCGGUUCUUUCUCCUCACUGGCGGCCACAACAUCUCCUUCCUCUGCUCCUCCGGCCCCGCUCGGCCUGGGGAUCCCGGGGGGACUGGGGAAUCCUGGGGGGAACCCGGCGGUGCUGAGGGAGGCGGUGGAGGCGGUUGUGAGGAGCUUCGCUAAACACACUCAGGGCUACGGGAGGGUUAACGUGGUUGAGGCCCUCCAGGAGUUUUGGCAAAUGAAGCAAACAAGAGGGGCGGAGCUAAAGAAUGGUGCUUUGGUUGUGUACGAGAUGGUGCCAAGUAACAGCCCCCCGUAUGUUUGUUAUGUCACCUUGCCGGGGGGCAGCUGUUUUGGGAGCUUUCAGUUCUGUCCGACUAAAGCGGAAGCGAGGAGAAGCGCCGCCAAGAUUGCCCUGAUGAACUCCGUGUUCAACGAGCACCCGUCACGCAGGAUCACGGACGAGUUCAUCGAGAAGAGCGUGUGCGAAGCCCUGGCCACAUAUAAUGGGAAUCGAGAAGAAGCCGACAACCCAAACACAGGGAUCGGGGCCUUCCGCUUCAUGCUGGAGUCCAACAAAGGCAAAUCCAUGCUGGAGUUCCAGGAACUCAUGACGGUCUUCCAACUCCUGCACUGGAACGGCAGCCUGAAAGCCAUGCGAGAGAGGCAGUGCUCCCGCCAGGAGGUUCUGGCCCACUACUCCCACCGAGCGCUGGACGACGACAUGAGGAACCAGAUGGCCAUGGAUUGGGUGAAUCGGGAACACGACACCCCAGGAUCGCUGGCCAGAGAACUGGCAUCCACAGAACGGCAGUUGGACGAGGCUCGACUGGCCGGCAAGGAGCUGCGCUACCACAAAGAGAAGAAAGAUAUCCUGAUGCUGGCGGCCGGGCAGCUUGGAAACUUUCAUUCCUCCAACUGUUAGCUCGACCGAGAUACUCGUUACUGCUCUUCACUCACAUGGGACAUUGGUGGUGGGAAACAGCUUGAGAACUGGCAAAUCUGGUUCUGGACAGAGUUUUGCAAAUGUCUCCUGGGCACCAACAGCAAACAAGAUUGGGGUACAUCUGAAUCCUGUUUGCACCGUAAACGACAGACCUGUGAGGUUAUAUAGCUCCAUUCGAUUUGUGGAGCUCUGUAGCCAUGAAGGAGGCCCCUUGUGAGUAGCUCCGUAUCCUUGGAGAAAGCCUUGUUUGAGGAAAUUCGAAGAAAGCAGCAGGGCUGCCCGGCACUCAAACGGAUCCACAGGACCAGAAAAGUUUAAGUUAAAAAAAUAUAUAUAUAUCUUUAUUUUACAAAGUUAAAAGUGUAUACUUGCAUCUCCAUCCACCCUACCCGUUUUGUACCCACCAGGGCACUGCGCUAAUGAUUUAUAUAGCCAUAUAGCCCAUGAUUAUGUGCCCUGGUGGGUACAAAACACGUAGGGUGGAUGAAGAUUGUCUCUCUAACCCCUGUUUGAGGAGCCUUGUAUCUUUGGAGGAGGCCCAGUUUGAGCAGCUCCUUAUCCUUGAUGGAGGCCCCUUAUGAGUAGCUCCGUAUCCUUGAAGAUGGCCAUGUUUGAGGAGCUUCGUAUCUUUGGUGCAGGCCCCGUUUGAGCAGCUCCUUAUCCUGGAAUGAGACCCCUUAUGAGAAGCUUCAUAUCUUUGGAGGAGGCCCCUUUUUAGAAGCUCCAUAUCCUUGAAGGAGGCCCCUUAUCAGUAGCUCCGUAUCCUUGAAGAAGGCCCUGUUUGAGGAGCUUCGUAUCUUUGGAGGAAGCCCCUUUUGAGGAGCUCCAUAUCCUUGAAGGGGGCCCCUUAUGAGGAGCUCCGUAUCCUUGAAGGAGGCCCCUUAUCAGUAGCUCCGUAUCCUUGAAGAAGGCCCUGUUUGAGGAGCUUCGUAUCUUUGGAGGAGGCCCCUUUUGAGGAGCUCUGUAUCCUUGAAGGAGGCCCCUUAUGAGGAGCUCCGUAUCCUUGAAAAAGGCCCUGUUUGAGGAGCUUUGUAUCUUUGGAGGAGGCCCUUUUGAGCAGCUCCUUAUCCUUGACUGAGUCCCCUUAUGAGGAGCGUCAUAUCUUUAGAGGAGGCCCCUUUUGAGGAGCUCUGUAUCCUUGAAGGGGGCGCCUUUUGAGGAGUUCUGUAAUAUUUGAGGAGCUCUGUAGCCAUGAAGGAGAAACACUUGAGAAGCUCCAUAUCAUUGAAUGGGACACCUUUUGAGGAGCUCUGUAUCCCUGAAGGAGGGUACAGACCUCCAAAGGUUAUUUUUGAGAUUUUGAAUCAUUGAAGGAGGCCCCUUUUGAGGAGCUCUAUACCCACGAAGGAAAGACAUGAUGUCUGAGGAGCUCUGUACCAAAGACAGAAACAAUUUUGGAAGUCUUUAGAACCAUGAAGCAGCCUGAGCCCGAGUGAAGAAGUGACAUAGGAUUUUGACAACUGCCCGUUGGGGCAAACAAGACUUUAUUACAAGGCUUCUAAAUUUGACUUAGUCCUUUGCAAGAAGUUACAGCCAACAACCUUCUUCGGAACCAAGACUGACUGUUAUAAGGUCGAUAGGAUGUGUUUUUUUAGAUAAAGUGUUUUUUAGAUAAAGUCUAACUGGAAAGGAUUGUGGGAGUGUUGCUGCUGCCGGGAGCUGUGCUGCUUAUAUAGUGACACCUUCCCAGUGGACCAGAAAACAAAUUAAAGGGCAAGUCGUCUUGAGUAAAAUAUUAGCCUGUUUGCUUUAGCCCCAUGUGGUUGUGAAUCUCCUGAAAUACUUACCCAGAGUUUGAUCUUACUGUACUUCCUGUUCCUGGGCUGCUCUAUUUCCCAUGGUCAGACAGAGGGUGGUACUUGCCAAACUCCUCCCUCAUCCAUGGGGAAGAGAGCAGCCCAGGAGCAGGAAGUACAGGGAAAAGGUUCCAAGGUAACAGUGGGAUAUUGGAUUUACUUUCUCAAGGGGUUCAUAGUAAUGGGUACUUACCUUUACCACUCACCUGAAACCUUAGCACAUACUCCGGUAACAGCAUGUUACUGUUUUUAUACACUACAGCUCUUUUCAAUAGCAGCAAGAGCAAUGCAUUUCUAUAUUAUAUAUAUAUUUCUAUAUUUUCAUAUCAUGUUAAACCCUUCAUCUCUAGCUGUUCUACUUACCUGUCUCUUGCAAAACCUCACUGCGGGCAAGUGAUUCCAGUGACAAUUUCUCCGGAGACGUAGGUCAGCCAGGGGCCAUUGUCCUUAGCAACCAGGCUGGGGAUAAAAUCCGGGUGAAAUAAAGGCGUUGGAAUAAAUCUCACACAGUACCUGAGAGCAACAUCUUACAGAGAGAAGACUGGAAUUCCAAUAUCCUAUUGUAGAGAGCGAGUGGGAGGGGUUUGCAAGAGACGGGAGUAAGACUGGUCUGUUUGGUAUAUAGCAAUACUCCGGUCGUUAUUACUGCACAAUUCCUUUUAUAUCGAUAUGUACCUACCUGUAUGUAUGUAGCCUUUGUACUACCUACCACUUUGGUACUGCGGCCCAUACCGUGCAUUUUAUAGUGACGCUCCUUAGUUACCUUUGUAUCUUGAUAUAUGCAAAUAAAUUCAUUAGUAACAUUUCUA